AUGUCCGGCAGGACAACUCCGACCUCAAUAAAAGGUCUCCAGGUGCCUCUGCUCCUCACACAGCUUCAGCUCUCAGCAAGAACAAGAACGGUCCUCGCUCCGGCCACCCUUCACUCCUCACCCAACACCAUGUGCUCCACUGGAUGCUGUUCCACCGGAUGCUGCUCUGUCGUGAAGAGCAAGACCGUGUGCUGCACCCCCUGCAAGACCGUGUGCUGCAGCCCAUGCAAGACCGUGUGCUGCAGCCCAUGCAAGACUGUGUGCUGCAGUCCCUGCAAGACUGUGUGCUGCAGCCCAUGCAAGACCGUGUGCUGCAGUCCCUGCAAGACUGUGUGCUGCAGUCCCUGCAAGACCGUGUGCUGCUCCCCGUGCCAGAAGCCUUGCUGUGACCCAUGCCAGUCCUGCUGUGACCCGUGCCAGUCUUGCUGUGACCCAUGCCAGAAGCCUUGCUGUGACCCGUGCCAGUCCUGCUGUGACCCGUGCCAGUCUUGCUGUGACCCGUGCCAGAAGCCUUGCUGUGACCCAUGCCAGUCUUGCUGUGACCCAUGCCAGUCUUGCUGUGACCCAUGCCAGAAGCCCUGCUGUGACCCGUGCCAGUCUUGCUGUGAUCCAUGCCAGAAGCCCUGCUGUGACCCAUGCAAGACUGUCUGCUGUGACCCAUGCCAGUCCUGCUGUGAUCCAUGCCAGAAGCCUUGCUGUGAUCCAUGCCAGUCCUGCUGUGACCCGUGCCAGAAGCCCUGCUGUGACCCGUGCCAGUCCUGCUGUGAUCCAUGCCAGAAGCCCUGCUGUGACCCGUGCCAGUCCUGCUGUGAUCCAUGCCAGAAGCCCUGCUGUGAGCCAUGCAAGACUGUCUGCUGUGAUCCGUGCCAGUCCUGCUGUGACCCAUGCCAGAAGCCUUGCUGUGACCCAUGCCAGUCCUGCUGUGACCCGUGCCAGUCUUGCUGUGACCCAUGCCAGAAGCCCUGCUGUGACCCAUGCCAGUCCUGCUGUGAUCCGUGCCAGAAGCCUUGCUGUGACCCGUGCCAGUCCUGCUGUGAUCCAUGCCAGAAGCCUUGCUGUGACCCGUGCCAGUCUUGCUGUGACCCUUGCCAGAAGCCUUGCUGUGACCCGUGCCAGUCCUGCUGUGAUCCAUGCCAGAAGCCCUGCUGUGACCCAUGCCAGUCCUGCUGUGACCCGUGCCAGUCCUGUUGUGACCCUUGCCAGAAGCCUUGCUGUGACCCGUGCCAGUCCUGCUGUGACCCAUGCCAGUCCUGCUGUGACCCGUGCCAGUCUGUGUGCUGCACCAAGGUGUGCCACAAGUCCGUGUGCUGUGUGCCACGGCCCUGCUGCUCUCCUUGCUGCGUGGUGAAGAAGCCCGUGGUGGUUUGCUGCACCCCCAUGAGGAAGUGCUGCACCCCCUGCAUCCCCAUCCAGCAGUGCUGUGCCAGCCUCAGGAAGACCUGCUAAACUGCCCCAGAUGGCUCUGAAAAUGGGCACAGGGAGGUGAAAAGCUCCUCAUUUGCCCCUGGUUCUCAUGGUGAUGGAGACCAUUCAUAGCAAUUUUCUUCUUCUUUCCAAGCUUAAGCUGCUUCUUCUUUCUGUCCUUCAGUUAUCGACUGUCUUUAAUUAUCGACUGUCUUUAAUUAUUGACUGUCUUGAGUAGGCCUGAAUUUACCACCCAUUGUAUAAGGCAUUAGAUAUUAGUGGGGUGUUAGUUCUCCUCUUGGUGUUUGGGAAACCUUUGGUGUCACUGUGACUGCUUCUCAUUUCCUCUCUUGACUUGUAGACAAUAAAACUUGGCAUUCAGCAAAACACAA